CAUGUGUAAUAUUGUAAAAAAAUCUGAAAGCUUACAAAAUUUUGUGAAUGUUUUUUUAAAUAUGAUUCAGUGUAGUGAUGGUUCAUAUGGAGCUGAUAAUGCUAUGCAAGAUGGAAAUUCCAGGUAAGAUCAUCUUUAUGUUUAUCCUAUUGCAAGAUGAAAGCUAUAAGCUCUUCUGGAGCAACUUUUUGUCUUACUGAUCAUCUUAAGCAUGUCCUGCAAUCUCAAAAAUUUGUACUCCAGAAAGAAGAGGCAAUGUCCUAAUACUUGUCUAUGAGACGAAAUCAGACUCACUGUUGUAAACAAAUCCUGAAAUUUUACAGUUAACUUGAGUAUAAUUUUUAAGAGAUUAAAGAGGUGACAUAUAAAUAAGUCAUCUAUUUUCGAAUUCCAUAUUCAUUGCCAGAAGCUGAUGCAGCGAUAAGAACAUGAUCUAUCUGCCUCAAUGAGCAAUAGCAGAGCUUUAAUUUUAAACUCCUCUAAUAUGGUUGAUAGAGUUGGUGAAGUAGUUUUGUCUCUGCAUUUUUAGAGUUUAAUCCAGUUUGCAUCCCCUCCUUUCUCAACCACUAAAAUGAUGUAGCCUGAACAUUGCUCAGGUGUCGUAAUUAUAAUUUAAAUGCCUUAUAGUCUCCUGCAACUUGGUUUAGCCAUUUAUUAUUUUUUCUUACAUAUGAACAUUAUUGUUUCAAGAAAAUUAACUUCAAUAAACAUUAGUAACAUUAUCUGGAGCUCCAAAGCUUCCUGACAGAGUUCACUUUAAAGUUUUGUUUGUAGCUUGUAGGGUUUGUAUGCGAGACAUCUCCUAGAAUCACUAAUACGUUGAGGGCAAGUGCAAAUAAUCUGCUAUUCCGAGAUGGCCUUGGUAUGUUUUCUUAGGCGGGGCUAUGGGAUGUUUAUUAUCCAGCACUACUCCCACCUAUCUGCAUGUCAUUCUCAUCACCUCAACAUUUUCUUCUGGUGGGAUGCUUAUGGAGAUCAUUUUUAAUGGAUAUGAAUAAUUUGAUCUCACCCAUAUCAUCCAAUUACUUCCCAUAGUUCGUGACUUUGUGCAAUCUUGUAUUCGCAGAAAUCAAUCUGUUACUCACCAAGCUUUUCUUAGUGGUUAGUAAUGCUGUUAUCAUCUCAUACCUUUGUUUUACUACAUAUGAUGUAAAAACAGGUCUACUUGGCAAGAUGCAUAAGCUAUAGACAUUUUGAAAACCUUUUAAAGGCUGUAGCCAUUUCUCUUUGUAGAUAUAAAAGUUGUGCUUGGUAUCCAAUUGAUACACAUUUUAGUUAAAUCCAGUAGCAAAUUAAUUAAGCCGUCGGUAUAGAUCGGAAGAACAAGAGAACCAAGCACAAAACUAUAAAGCUCUCGCCAUGCAUUCAGCAGAAGCUUUAUAGAUACAUGAUAUUAUAGUUCAAUCUGUCUGGAAGUACUUAGAUACAGCUAAUAAAAAUAUAAGAAACCUAAGUUGGAAUUAAGUUAACUUAACCAUCAUUGUAUCUAUUUUGAAAAGUGAUUUGCUAUAUAGUAUAUCAAACUUAUAGGUAUUGUUUAGUGUUUUCUUAAGUUUUAUCCACAUAUUAUAUUGAUCUCUUUUCUAUUAGAAAUAUUUUAACUUUUCUUCUUUUCCAUUAAUAUUUUAAUAGUUUCAUGAAGUUAAGAUUCCUGCGGCCAUUUCUCAUCUUACCAACCUGAAACUGAAAUGGUUCUUUUCUGAGGUUGAUAACCAAAGCUUGAUUUCAGAAUUGCCCCUCUUUUAGCUGACUCCACAUGAGCUUGUAUUUCUAUUGUACAUUUACCAAUUAAAUCAGGGAUGAUCCUACUAGAAUGAGAAGAAUGAGAAUAAAAUACCUUUUUCUAUGAUUUUCUUCCCCAAAAAAAUAUGUUAUAAAUAUUCACAGUAUCUUAAUUCUAAAUCAAAUCAAUAUUUGUCGGAUAAUGGUUAAUUUCUUACAAUUAAAAGUUUGAGUUAAAUUUCAAAAAGAAAACAUAAAUGAAGAAUUUCAUGUAGCUCAAUUAUUAAAAUAAAAAAUUUAAUGCAGGACUUUUGGUAGUUAACUUUCUUAUAUUUUAGUAAAAAAACAAAAUAAGAAGUCUUGAAAAUUAUAAAUCAUACAAAUUUUUUAAAAUAUUUUAUAUUUUAUAAUUUUUCUCUCGCGCGAAGCGCGUUUUUUUCAAUAGUUGAAGAAAUAUAGGUCGGUCUCUAAUUUUGCCUUUUAAAUAAGGCAUGAAAAAAACACGGGCACACCACCCUAGAAAAAUGCAAAGCUGAAACGUUAAAAAACAAAACAAUUCACUAAUAAUUAAUAAAUUAUAAACAUUACUAUAAUAAGUUUCAAAAGGAAUAAUAAAAACAACAUAGUACUCCUUCCGUCCCAUUUUAUGUGAGUCCAUUUUAUUUGAGCUGGUUUGACUUUCACGGAGAUUAAGAAAAAAGUAGUAAAUGUAGUUGAAAAGUGGGUAAAGUGGUGGGACUUAUCAAUAUUUAAUAAUAGAUUUGAGAUAAUGGAGGAAAGUAGUGGGUGUAAUAGUGUUUAUUUAAUAAAAAAAGAGUAUAAAAUAUAGAAGUAGUGGGUGUAAUAGUGAAAAUUAGUGUGCAAAAAUAAUAAGUAUUAUAGGUUAUUUUUUUGGGUACAUCCAAAAAGGAAAUGAGGUCACAUAAAAUGGGAAGGGGGAGUAUAAUAAACAAAACAUAAAGCACUUUUCAUUUGAGCGAAGAAUAUAUGUAAAUCAAUCAGCGUAUGGACAAGUACAAUUCAGGCAUUCCCCACUGAAAGCAACAAAUUGAGUGUAAAGACUCUGUCUUUCUGACUUGUUGAAAACCCCCAUGGAUAUUGUCAAUCAGUUGCAGCGACAGUAUGUCGAUUUCUUGUCUUCUCUUUAUCGUGAGGGGCUUUUGGAUGAUCAGUUCCUGCAGAUUCAGAAGCUUCAGGAUGAGAGGAACCCUGAUUUUGUGAAUGAAGUUGUUACUCUUUUCUUUGAAGAUUCAGAGAAGCUUUUGCACAACUUGGCCAUUGCUCUGGACCAGCAGCAUGUGGAUUAUCAGAAAGUUGAUGCCUGUGUUCACCAAUUCAAGGGUAGUAGCUCCAGCAUAGGUGCUUAAAGAGUGAGGAACAUAUGUGUUUCUUUCAGAACUUGUUAUGAUGCCAAGAACUUGGAAGGGUGCUUGAGAUGCCUCCAGCAGGUGAAAGACGAAUACUACCUUGUCAAGAACAAGCUUCAGACAUUGUUCAGGCUGGAGCAACAGAUUGUAGCUGCUGGUGGAGCAAUUCCGAUUAUGGGAUAGAUGGGGUGGUUAUAUUGUCAUCAGGAAAGAAAGCUAAUGUAAAAUUUCAGUUGUCAAAGUUUAUGUGAGCACUUGCUUUAAAACAUUUUGCUUUCUUUGUGUGUUGGAGAUUAUGUUAGAUGUAGAGUCAAAACUCAAGUUUGAGAUGACAUAAAUUAGGUGGAUGGAUAGAUCUUUGCUGUUUCAUGAUACAUCCCAACCUCUUUGGCGCCUUUCGUCAUAAUGAUUGGCUUACAAUUACCGACAUAAAAUAGUUAUGACUAUUGUCAUGUGAA